AAUAUGGCCUGCAGGACGGCCAUCGACUCGGAGACGGCAGCAUCAUCAUCAUCAUCAUCAUCAUCACAACACCAUAAACGCAGCUACUGCCCUCGUGUAUAAAAAACCCGCAAGAACAACCAUGCACUUCAACUCCAUCUUUAGCGCCCUUCUGUCCUGUGGCCUCGCAGCAGCACACAUGCAGAUGAGCUGGCCUUAUCCCAUGCGCAGUCCACUUGACCCUCAGAACAAAGGGUCCGACAAGGACUAUGACAUGAGCAACCCCCUUGACCAGUCCGGCUCCAAUUUUCCUUGCAAGGGCUAUCACAAGAACACCCCCUGGCGCGCAACCGCGGAAUACAAGGCUGGCGAGUCAUAUAACAUGACAGUUGCCGGCGCUGCAACACACAGUGGAGGAUCCUGCCAGCUGUCCCUGAGUUACGACGAAGGAAAAACCUUCAAAGUCAUCAAGUCCAUGGUGGGUGGAUGCCCGCUCGAUUUCAAGUAUGACUUUACGAUGCCGAGCGAUGUGGUCAACGGCCAUGCUCUGUUUGCUUGGUCUUGGUUUAACCUGGUGGGCAAUCGUGAGAUGUACAUGAACUGUGCGAAUGUUGAGAUCAGUGGGGGAAGCGGCAGCAACGAAUCGUUUGGAAACAAUUAUCCGGAUAUGUUCGUGGCCAAUGUUGGAAAUGGCUGUUCUACUGUAGAAGGGAAGCACACAGUGUUUGCCCAUCCGGGAAAGCAGGUUACCUAUGCGGGUGGUCUUGAUGCGUCCUCGCCUCCAUUCCCCAAAUGCUCUUGAAAUCACAACCAAUGGAUGUUACACACUUUUGUACGUGAUACACAAUGGUACAAUUAUGCUCACAUAAACUCCGAUUUUUGUAUUGCUACAUAUCUGAGUGAAGUAGUGGUAUAUUAUUGAGAGCUAGUAGUACUAAGUAGGUAUAGUAGUAGUAGGCCGGACGCAGUUGCGGCGUUGGCG